AGUUCAGUGUAGCCAGCAGUUUGUCGUGCACCGUUGAACGCGCGACGUGUGAUUGUUCUCUUAUUCUUCUUCCCCAGUGUGUGAUAUUCAUAUAGCAAGAAAUAAAAGAAAAGAUUUUCUUCUUAUGACAAAAUAAAACGGUUAAGUGUCAGCUGCUGUAAAGAACAUUUUGUAAAAAAUCGUACAAAACGACACAAAUUGAAAAGAACAAUUAAACUUCUUUCGAUUUCCCAAAGUGCGCGGCUGCGAAAGUAUUUCAAUAUAGAUUAGGAUUGUUAAAUGAACAAAAUCUUCUCAUAAUUUUGUGUGUUUUAAAUUAUCCUGAGAUCGUUGUAGCACCUAUCAAAUAAUUUAAAAGAGCAUACCCGAGCUGCGUGUGUGUGUAAUGGCGUUUUUGCGUACCAUUUGUGCUCAACGUUCAACAACAAACUUAGUUUAUAGUUAUAGCGGCAGUAGCAGCAACAGUAGCAGCCUUGGUGUCGGCGGUAAAUAUUAUUAUUUUAUUGGUUCGAAGGUGCCGUCAAGCGUUCGCCAAUUAAGUUAUGAUGCUUCUGACGAUAAUGAUAAUGAAAGCGAGUUAAAAUCUACUUCGUCAUCGUCGCGACGUCUUCAUCAUCAUCGUCAUCAAUUGCAACAAAACCAUAAUCAAUAUUUUCAACCUCAUCAGCAGAAGCAGCUUUUAGCUAAGGUCCUAUUUGCGCCUGUAUUCAAUCACAGGCAGUUAGUGCACACCGAUGCGGCUAAAUCGCAAACUGUAACAGCUGCGACUAUUGAAGAAGAGAAAGCAAUCCCUAAGAAAGAAGCCCGCUUUCGGCCGCCAGCGCCAAAAAUUCCAGAAAAUCCUCAACGGGAUCCGUUAGACGUUGGCUUCAAUGACCCGCUUGCGGCAUUCAAGAGCAAAACAACAUGGGAGUUAGUACGCGCUUAUGUUGUUUAUAUGAUUUGUUCCUUUGAAAAGAUUGUUGAGCAUAAUAUGACGCUCAUGAAAUUGGCAAAUCGUGUAUUGGGAAAUAAAUUGUUUACAGUCCUCAUGAAGGCAACAUUCUAUGGACACUUUGUGGCCGGGGAGGAUCAAAUCAAAAUCAUACCGACCCUUGAAAGACUCCGUUCAUUUGGUGUUAAACCAAUUCUUGAUUACUCGGUGGAAGAGGAUAUUUCUCAAGAGGAAGCCGAGAAGCGCGAAGUUGAAGCUUCGACUUCAACUUCGAGUUUUGUAAAUAAAGAAGAUGCGUUGCCUCAAUAUCAAGUCGAUAAAACCUUUGCCGAUCGUCGUUAUAAAGUCAAUAGCGCCCGUACAUAUUUCUACUUGAAUGAGGCCACUUGUGAGCGAAAUAUGGAAGUUUUCAUUAAAUGCUUGGAAGCAGUUGCAGGUGCUACCUUCGGUACUGGUAUUACGGCUAUUAAAUUGACCGCUUUGGGUCGUCCACAACUUUUGUUGCAAUUGUCAGAGGUAAUCUCGCGGGCCCGUCAAUAUUUUGAAGAAUUGGUUGGUGGCGAUGGUAAUGUUUUAAAUUAUCAUAAAACCAUUAACGAUUUGGAAAAAUAUUAUGUCAGCUUGGGCAUCGAUAAUAAAGAAGUGAAAAAUUUCCUGAAAAAUGUUACCUCCGAUAAAGAAGGUAUUUUGCACUUGUUCCCCUGGACGGGUAUUGUCAAUGACGAAUUCCAGUUAAGUGAUACAUUUAGAGUGCCCGAUCCAAAGACUGGUCAAAUGCGCCGUUUGAUCUCACAAAUUCCGCCCAAAGAGGAAGAGAUGUUUAGGAACAUGAUACGUCGUUUAAAUACAAUUGUCAAGACUGCUGAAGAAUUGGAUGUACGUAUAAUGGUUGACGCUGAACAGACAUAUUUCCAACCUGCCAUCUCACGUAUAACCUUGGAAAUGAUGCGCAAAUACAACAAAGACAAGGCUAUAGUAUUCAAUACAUACCAAUGCUAUUUGCGUGAAGCCUUUCGUGAGGUGACUACUGAUUUGGAGCAAGCUAAACGUCAAAACUUUUAUUUCGGUGCAAAACUAGUGCGCGGUGCUUACAUGGAGCAGGAGCGAGCACGUGCCGAAGCGUUGGGUUAUCCUGAUCCAAUAAAUCCCAACUUCGACGCAACUACAGAUAUGUAUCAUAAGACAUUAACUGAAUGUUUGAGAAGAAUUAAGAUACUCAAAGAUUGUGGAGAGGAUGCCAAAAAAAUUGGCAUUAUGGUAGCUUCGCACAAUGAAGAUACUGUACGCUAUGCUAUACAAAAAAUGAAAGAAAUCGGUAUUUCCCCGGAAGACAAAGUCAUAUGCUUUGGGCAAUUAUUAGGCAUGUGUGACUAUAUCACUUUCCCCUUAGGUCAAUCUGGUUACUCUGCAUAUAAGUACAUACCCUACGGACCUGUGCAAGAGGUGCUGCCCUAUCUGUCACGUCGUGCCCAAGAGAAUAAGGGUGUGCUUCAGAAAAUUCGAAAGGAGAAACGUUUAUUGCUUGCCGAGAUUUUCCGACGAAUGAGAACCGGUCAAUUGUUCUACAAGCCCAAGGGCAAUUAUGUACCCAUCUAAGCCCUUCAAUUUCUUUACACGGCAUAUAAAUUCUCAAAACCCUUAAUCAUACACACAAAUUUACACUUUCUCUCUCCCUCUCUCUAUCUCCCUCUUUCUGCCUUUAUUCCUUCAAUUCAUGUUCACAUCCUAUGUUCCCGCAAUGAAACAAAAACGAAAAGCAAAAAAAAAAA